AUGGCAGCCAGCUCAAGCUCCAUGCUGCAACCUGCUUCCUUUGGAGGAUACGGCAGGCAGACAGGUCCCUACGGAGGGCUUGAAGGCGUCGAGUUCGCCGCCAGAUGCCCUCCAGAUGUCCAGAAAGGCACGAGAAUUGUUGCAGUCUGUGGAAUACCGGGUUCUGAAGCGGCUCCACAGGAUGAUGGAUGGUUCUUUUCGGACUUUUUUCUAUUUUAUCAGAUGCUAGGCGGUCGACCUGAACUGCCCAACCAACUAUGGCUUUCAAGCUGCUCGCCCAGCGAUCUUAUCCGCAAACACGAGCGUUAUCUCCACGGACCUGCAAAUGGAAUCGCAGGGGAUCGAAGAGUUGUCAUGAACGAGAAAAUGCUUCCUAAAGAUGAAAUGAAGGCUGGCUUUCGUGUUUUCAAGCCAAGAGAUCUGCUUGAGAGAUUUCUUGCAACUCUCAAAGCUGAGAUUAGAGAAGCUGCUCGAACUAAGCAGCCAGUACUGGUACUUAUCUUUGGGCAUGGAGAAAAGAAAAAAUCGGGAAUUUUUAUUGGUUGUGAUGAAGGCUGCAACUUGAAACUGACACAGGCGAGACUCGCUUCCGUGUUGCGAAAAGAGGUUCAAACGACUCUGAUUUUGACAUCGUGCUACUCAGGCGGCUGGAUUAUGACCCCAAAUUUGAACAAAGAGUUUGACGUUAAACCUACGUUCAAUCACACCUUUCUCACAGCGGCGGGAUCCAAGAAUAAGAGCCUUUCCUGGGCAUUAAGUCAAAGCAUUGGACGACAAGCUGGAGGAAGUGUCUUUGCAACAUGUCUUCUCAAUUCCAUCAUCACGGCCUCUGAUAGAACAGAGGGCUUCUACAGCGGGGAAAGAGAUGCCUCUGAGGAAGGGGACAUGAAGGGAAAACUCGUCAGAGUACAUGAAGAUGACGAGGGAGGAGAUCUUUCAAUGGCCGCUUUGACACAACAGAUCGUCUACGAAUGCGAAGCACGAUAUGGGACACUAUGGGACAUACACAGGUUUUCAUUUGCCUCCCAAGACGACAUUUGGUCCAAAGCAUGGGGGAAGAGGACUGGACUUCCUCUCUUGAACUACAAAGAGAAGUGGGAAAGCCUGCCAGAAGCUCCACUCAGCAAGAAUAUCUACCCACCCGCUGGUCCCCUUACUGGCUCUAUCAUGUCAAAAAGCCCCAAUGCUCUCUAUAAUAUUGUCAGAGUCAAAGCGAUUACAUAUAUGAACUCGAUUCCGGGCCCUGAUAAUUUGGGUGGGAACACCAACUGCCAUCCCGGGUUCCGCAAGUUGGUCGAAGGGACUCGUUUAGAAUUUGACGAACUUUAUCGACUCAACGAGAUCUUAGACUACCGGCAAAGUCAGUUAGGGCUAGCAGAAGUAUAUUGUCAUGCCCUGGAGAUAGGUGUGCCGGAAGAUCGACAGAUUGACAAAUUUGAUGAAUACGGAUGGCUGCGUUUCCAACACGAAGCAAAGAAUGGAAGAUCGACAGAGCGUUCGAAAUUUGCCACUGACAUCUUACAGAGAUUUGAUACCAUUAGGAGUUGGGUGUUUGACCUUCGCAUCUUCGACUAUCCACUUCCUCACCAAGGGCUUGAUUAUGAUAAGCCUGAGGCCUAUCUGGCUGUUAGGUUAGCGGAGGGUCCGAUGCCAACCCAGCAGAUCUAUAAGAAGUUGGAGGAUCUCUUGCAAUAUAAAUUAGAAGAGGCAAAACGCGCAGCUCGCUCGCCUCUUGGAGAAGCUGUUCUCAAUCAGCCCGACAUUAAAACCAUGCGAGAACGGCUGUAUAACACUGUGGGCAGGCUGAAGCACAGAUUUCGGUCUUUAUCACCACAGAAAAAAAAGCCGCCUAGAAGGCAGGAUGGAAGCUAG